UGCUGUAGUCCGAAAACAACUUUAGAUUUAGAAGUUUAGAUAUUAUUGUUGUAAAUUGAGCUUUUGUUUUAUCAAUCUUCCUUAUUGUAUUUUUUUAAACAGUUAGAAAAAAUAGAGGAAUUAAGGAUUAAUUAGUAACAUUUGAUUAAAUAAGGAUCAUUAAUGCUUUAAACAUAUUUCAUUAGUAAUAAUUGUUAUCUCCCGAAGGCACACUGAACCAAUUCAAACUUCAUGUGUCUUCAAAAUUCACAUUCAGUGAAUUACUGAUUUUUAACGAAGAUAGGCGGCUAGUGUGCUAAUUAAUAAAUAAAUGAAAUUAACGGGAAGAGAAGUUUGAUGUUGGUUCUUAUUUGAAUAACAGUGUUUCUAAGUUGUCAGUUUUACUCAAAAUAUAUACUGAGAAAAUGGUUGAAGCAAGUAAAUUCUGGUUUGAAAAAUCAUGCAGUGAUUCCGACUGUCAUACUUUGAUCCACCCCUGGACACGGACUUGUUCCAAUGCAACUUCGUCUAUGCUAUUGAGUUGUAUAAAGGGCAGUUAUAAGUUUUAUGCUAUGGUGUAUAUUAUACAAAUUCUUAUGAAAGGAAAGAAAUUAACCAAAGAGGAUGUAUUGGAGCAAUUUAAGCUUUAUUUAAAAUCUGGAAUUUUUGGUCUAACUGUUGGUAGUUCAUUUGUAACUUUAAAUUGUAUAUUUAGGAAACUGUUCUUCAGUCAAUUUACAUACUACACAACAGUUCUCCUGCCAUGUACGUUAAGUGGAGCUGCAGUCUAUUUUGAACCACCAUACAGAAGGGUUAUGGUUGCGAAUCUUUUUGUUAAUCUGGUUUUUGAAUACUGGAUACGCACAUUAGAGAUGAAAGGCUGGCUUCGGCGCUCAGCUAGCCGAGAGACACUUAUAUUCAUGUUGGGUAGUUCUCUCUUCUUCUAUCUUAUGCGUUUAGACAGAGAUAAUAAAAAGAGGACGCCUUUAUUCUGGUUUUUCACUCCACCGCGAGUUUCUAAAGAAGUUGGCGAACCAAUAGACGGUAUUAAGGGGAGAAGCGACGCCUGUCCACAUAAGGGACCAUGUGUGAACUAUAUUUUAAAGGGCUCAGCGCAACUGUUCGGAGUAGGCUGUGCCAUGUCAAUGCUUCGCACAAUCAUUCCAAGAAUUUUAACGCCGGUUAAAGCUCUAAAGUCCUUAAAGCUGUCGCAUUUCAAACUUGGUGUUUUCUUCGGUGGUUAUAUAGGAAUUUAUAGGCUGAUAGUAUGUCUGUUAUGUCGCUCUACGGGACGAGACAGCGCGUUACAUGCAGUCCCAGCGGGCUUUCUGGCCGGCGCCGCGCUUAGGGCUUCGCCCUCGCUGCCUAUAGCGCUCGCGCCUCUCACGUCUUCUCUACAGAUUCUUGGUUCAUGGGGCUACCAAAAGGGUCUCAUACCUGAGCAGUGGCCGUUAGUAGAACUAGUCUACUGCAUAUGCCAGGGUAUACUUUUCCAUGCCAGGGUAAUGCAUGAAGACGCUUGUCCACGCUAUAUCAUCAAUCUGAUGCAUACAGUUACUUCUAAUAAGGCGGAUGAAAUCCAGGGUGCUUUUAUCCAGAAAAUAUUAGCGCAUGGCGGUGGCUUGUAAGGGAUAAAAUGACGGUACCGUGAUAACCUGUGAUCUUGUUUUAUAAUGAGCAUUACAGAUCAAUGUAUUGAAAAAUCAAAGAAUAGGGCAACAAAAAAAAAAUUCUAUAGUUUUGAAAUGAAAGCGAACGCUAUAUGUUCGUGUUUCCGUGUAGUUUUAAAUACGCUUACCGAUUCAGUCAGAUUGAAAAAAAAUGGAUUUUUGAAUGAAUUUAAGAAAUCUGACAGUGUUAAGAUCUGUUUGUAACAGUUCUUAAAACUGUCAGAUUUUAGACUUUAUUUUCUUAGUAAAUGUGAACAAAGAUUUUUGUUAUCAUUUGUAUUGUUACCAAUAUAGAAACAUUGAAAUUGACUUGAACUAUGCUAUUAAAAUUGUAAUUUAUAAUAUACAAGUUUGAAAUGCAAGCGUGGCAAAGGACGCAUCUGACCAAUUAUGGCCUAUGCCACAACUAUGAUAAUAUGUUAAUAUAUAAUAAUAAUAUAUUAUAAAAACAUCGGAAAAUGUGUCCCUUAAGUUAAAUAAGAAAUUGUGAUAGUCGGGGCGAGGUAGUUAAGAUUUUGCAUUUAGAUUUUAUUGUAAUGUAUUGGUUAAUAUACACUCAUAUUUUUAUUGUGGGAAUUGGUUAGUAUACCUAACUCCAUAACCUGUACAAGUACUCAAAAUUCCAAAAAAGAUGCCUAUUAAAUACUUUUAUAUCAAAGUAUUAUCGCUUGUUAUAGAUAUAAUUUUAUAUAUGUAUCAAGUGUUAUUACGUCAUAUUUUCUAUUACAUUUAUUUUAUGUGAAAAUUAAACGAACAAUUACUUUGUAUACAAUUAUUCUGUCUUGCUGUUUAAAUAAUAUGUUAUCAGUACAACAUUGAACUAUAUUUAUAUAGGCCGUUAUAUUAUUUCGUUUCUAAGAAUAAUAGGAAAGAUUUUUGGAAUUCUGUAAAACCCGACUGGGCUGAGUCUGCUAUUUUAAUAUACUAUUUUGAAGGCUUAGUACCUACAUGUAUUUAUUCAAACGGCGCAAUUUAUAUUUCUGCUUAAAACAUAUGUAAGAUGCGGCAUGCGUACAAAUGCAAAUGUUACUUAAACAAUUCUUAAUAUAUGUCCACCUCCCAGCAAACCAGCCAGGUUUAAUUUCGAUAACAAACUUAACAUAUGACAUAAAUAGAUACUAUUGCUAUAAAAUACGAUGAAAACUGUGAAUUUUAUAAUUUAAGAAAAUUGUAGUUUUGUUUUUCAAUUUCCCUUGAGUAAUAAUUGCUUCUAGGAAACAAAAGGUGUUAAUGUCGCAGCCAACUAUUUUAAUUAGCCACUUAAUUAACAGCCUGGCAGUUUAACUAGCGCCCUGAAAGAUGUUCAGCCAGUUGAUCAAACAGCUGGGUAAAUUUGGAUCGACAUUAACAAUAAUAUUCAAAUAUAAUUAAUACAAAUUGAAAUAGCAAACUCGGGGCUCAGCUUAAGGACUUCUACAAAGACAUUUGAUCAAAGAAAACAUGAUGCGGGUAGAUUUAAUUUUUUUACCAGUAAUUUAGAUGCGACCAUUUUAGAACAAAUUAAUAUAGGUAUAAGAAAUGGUUGAAGUGACAUUUUAAGUGGGUUGUAUUUAGGUUUUUUACUUUUGUAUUAGAUUAUUCUCUAUUAAUACUUCCUUGUAUUUUCUUAAGUUAUUAAAUUAUUAUGUACUAGGGACAGAGAGUGAUUACCAUUAUUAUUGUUAUAUUUUUGGAUUAAAUGAUUUUUUUAUGGCUUA